AUGCCAACAACCUAUCUGAUUACGGGUGCCGCUAGAGGAUUAGGCAAGGGAUUAGUCGCUGCGUAUCUAGCACAGGCCAACAAUGUUGUCGUGGCUGCAGUUCGUAAUCCUGAUGAUGAAAAUAGCAAAUCAUUACAAAGCUUACCUCGAGCGCCAACAACUUCACUCGUUAUUGUCAAAAUCGACAGCAAUUCGACGACCGAUGCCGCCGAAGCAGUCGCAGUACUUGAGACUCAGUAUAACAUUACCGCACUGGAUGUGGUCAUUGCGAACGCUGCAAUAUCCCAGAAAUUUCCACGAGUGGAGAAUGUCACAGCCGUUGACAUAUUAAAUCACUAUCGUGUAAACGUAGUUGGCGUAAUACUGUUAUUUCAGGCAGUGCUACCCUUACUUCAACGAUCCGAUAAGAUACCCAAGUUUAUUGCAAUGAGCUCGGAAACAGGCACCAUUGGGAACCAAGAGAAGUUUGAGAUCCCGAACGGUGUUUACGGACCGACCAAAGCGUCUCUAAACUGGAUAAUGAAGAAAAUCCACCUCGAACACAUCAAUAUAGUGGCAUUUCCUGCACAUCCAGGGUGA